AUGGUACCUCUGGCGUCCCUCCUCGAAAGCGUUGUGCGUGUAAAUGGCGGCGUUCCCGCGACUAUAGGCAUCUUGGAUGGAGUAGCACGCGUGGGUAUGGACCCAGAGGAAUUGAUAAUGCUCACAGAGUCAGCGGGGCGGUCCACAACAUUGAAGCUAUCAAGGAGAGACCUGAGCUAUGUCUGCGGGCAGCGAUUAGUGGGAAAGAACUAUAACGGAGGGACCACGAUCUCAGCAACCAUGUUGCUGGCACACUUGGCCGGCAUCAAAAUAUUCGGUACCGGUGGCCUCGGUGGAGUGCAUCGCGGGGCCGAGUCAAGCAUGGAUAUAUCCGCCGAUCUGACAGAACUUGGCAGGACACCAGUUACUGUAGUUUCUAGCGGAUGCAAGAGCUUUCUCGACAUACCCAGAACAUUGGAAUACCUUGAGACAGAAGGUGCCUACGUCGGCACGUUCGCUGACGGGCGCAAGGGUAAUGUAGAUUUCCCUGCAUUCUGGUCGAGAGACAGUGGCGUGAAGAGUCCUACAACGGUCGAGAACGAAAUUGAGGCUGCUGCAAUAAUUCGUACGUAUUCCCUACCCAUGCAUAGAUCUUAUGGCUCACUAGGGACAGAUGCGCAACACUCACUGAACAUCUCUUCCGGACUACUAUUUGCGAACCCAGUUCCUGUAGAAAGUGCCAUUGCUAAGGAGACGAUGGACACUGUCAUUGAAGAGGCCAUACGCCAGGCUAAUGCAUCGGGGAUCACCGGCAAAGACAACACGCCUUUCGUCCUUGCGAAGAUCAAGGAGCUGACCAAGGGUGCAAGCAUACCCGCAAACAGGGCGCUUAUAGAGUCCAACGUGAGACGUGCCGCAAUUGUAGCUCGAGAACUUGCAAUACUUGAAUCAAAGCAAGACAACGCCCAAGGGUGA